AUGUCAGUACGCAAAAUCUAUCAAACGAAAUUCGGACGCCCUCCUGCGCCUAUUAAAGACCCUGAUAGGCUACAGUGCAUCAUUCGAGGAAAUGACAACCUGCCUAAACAGAGGAUACGACCCUGGAAGGUCAUACCAAGGAUCUCAAAAAUCAUCCACCAGACUUGGAAGAACUCCUCAAUUCCGAGUAUGGCAAAGAACUGGGUGAAAAAGUGGCUGCGGAUUAACCCGGGUUGGGAGUAUUGGUUCUGGAGCGAUGACGACUGCAGAACAUUUAUCAAGACAAAGUUCCCCAACUAUCUCCAGUUGUAUGAUGGCUAUGAUAAGUCGAUUCAAAAAGCCGACGUCAUACGAUAUUUCAUCUUGUAUGAAUACGGUGGGAUUUAUGCGGACCUGGAUGUUGAACCGCUGAGGCCACUUCAUCCGAUCACUGAGAAGUUUCCGUGUGUCCUAAGCCAGGAACCGGAUGAGCACGCCAAGUUGUUGCGACCGCAGUUUUUGAACGAGUUUAACCAGUUGGCUUGCAACGCGUUCAUGGCGUGUCGGCCCCACCACCCGUUCUUUGACUACGUUAUUCAGAAUCUUGAAAGUGCCCAAAAAGAGUCCAAUAUAACUUUGUUUCGGACCGGCCCAGCAAUGAUCUCCACUGUGCACGCCAAAUAUAUAAAGGAAAGGAGCAAACACAUUUGCGAAAAUGAGGAUGAUAAAGUUAUUGUGGCACACCCUGCGAUGUUCACACCAACUUUUGAUACACUGCAGAUGAAAAACAUUGCAAAUAAGUGUGCGAAAAAAGAGGUGCUCCCAGACCUCGGUAACGAAGUGUGUAAAAAUCUUAUUCUUAGAUACUUCAGCAAUCAACCUACAGAUAAAUCAUUCACAAAUCAUCAUUGGUUUCACACAUGGACGAAGCGGGGAAGGAAAUAUUUUCCGCGGGCUGGUUAUCCAAUCAUUCCUAUCAAGCAAGUAGUUCCGGAGGUGAAAUUUGCUGGGGAAGUAUUCGAAAAAAGAACUGAGUCGCAGUAG